UUGGCAUUUGUGGGCGUUCCUCGAUUGCGUCAGAAGUCACGCAAUCACGUGAGGCAUUGCGCCGUUGCUGCCGUGCGGUCGCAGUCGAGUCCUUCAGAACCUUCGCCAUGCCCCGCGGAAGUCGCAGCCGAGUGAGCCGCCCUGCUCCUUCCCGAGCCGCUCCCCCUGCUCACCCUCCUCCAGCUGCUGUCGCUCCUGCGACCGUGCAGUCCCGGCAGCCGGGCCUGAUGGCGCAGAUGGCAAGCACGGCGGCAGGAGUGGCGGUGGGCUCAGCAGUGGGCCACGUCAUGGGGAGCGCGCUGACCGGGGCCUUCAGUGGUGGAAGUGGCUCGGAGCCAGCCAGGGCAGAUGUCACCUACCAGGAGCCUCCAGUGGCAGCCCCUCCGGCCCAACCUCAUUCCCAAGACUUCAGACCCUGCCAGUAUGAAAUGAAACAGUUUCUGGAGUGUGCCCAGAACCAGCAUGACCUAACCCUCUGUGACGGUUUCAAUGAGGUGCUGAAGCAGUGUCGCUCUGCACACGGUAUAUAUUGAAGUGGAAGUUGCCUGCCGAAGGAUUGUGAAGAUUCCUGUUGUGUCCCAUUUAAUUUUAGUGAUGAGACUACAGAGACCAGAGUAAUGUAUGAUUGUUAAAUGUGAAUAAAAUGUUCUGUAUAAUA